ACCAACCCCAACCGUUCCUUUUUUGGUACCCUUCCAAGAGAAAUGGUAGGGUACGUUAUGGGUGGAGCUAGACCCACAACAGUCAGUUGAUUGGGCGACAUUAAAGUGUCAGUCCCUUGAGACCGUUGUGUCUUCAAUGCUCCACAGUCUAUUUGCAUACAAAGUUUGACGUCUUGUUGAGACAAACAGAAACCUAAAAAGCUAAGAAAUUAGCUCCUGGAUGUCCUCCAUUGUUGUCCGUUGUGUUACGUUGUGAUGACGUUGUUCAUUGUUACCACACUGGUGCACACCCUUGCCUACCAAGUAAAGGUACUGUUCUUUACCAUUCCAAGCUGGACCGUACUAUACUAUACCAAACCAAACUAUACCACAAUGGAAACACUGGAUUGACCCAUCAGUACGUUUGUACAGUUGUAUAAUGGCUUCAGAAUAAAAUGGUAUUAUUUUGUAGCCUUAGAGGGACAAACCGGCCAAAGAUAACAAUGCAAAUGAAGAAUGACAUCCUCACUGGAAUGUGAAGGCCACUCGAGCUCCCUGAUGUGAUUAGGAAAAAGGAGGUGUGAGCCGACUCGCCACUAGAUGUCACUUUUUCUUACACACUUGACUUUUGAAAUGAUCUAUUCAUCUAUCGUGUCAAAUGGCAUUUUGUGCUUUUAUUUUCUGAAGCCCGUUGCUGGAGCAAUAUCUCCCACUCUUCCUCUCCGCUCCUGCCCAGGUACCACAGUUUGAGAGCCGGGUGGCUGCAGGACACAAUUUUUCCCGGAGCCAUAUUACAACACAUUAGCCUAAUGUGGAGCAGACAGAGCUGACAUAUUUUAAUACCCUGUACUCGUUGGAAAACCCGUAGCUGGCUUUGCAUAUUCCCAGUACAGCGCAGCUAAAUAUACUGUAGCUUUGAAUCUGUGGGCCGGAUUGGUGGUUGAUGCUGUUAUGUGUCAGAGGUGCACGGCACGGCACGGCAGACCCCGCUGCUCCGUCUGUCUUCCCUUUUCAUUACUGAGCCUUUGUAAAAAAAAAAAAGAAAAAAAAAGAUUUAACAUGUGAUGUUCACCAGUGACCAAUUCUUCACAAGAGAAGAGGAGAUAAAGAAUUGAGUCAUUUGGCUGCAUACGACCUGGUUUCCCCCCUGUGCCACUGCCAGCCUUCAUCUUCCCUUUAAUGUAUUCACAAAUUUGAAGAUGUGAAAUGAGACUCAUCCUACGACUGCCAGUUAAAAGAAAAAGCAAAUGAAUGAAACAGUUUGUUUUUCCACUAUUUACAUCAGCAAUAUUGCCUAAAAUGACAUCUAUGUGGCGCUAUAAUCAUACAAAUAAUUGAUAAAUGCAGGAAAGCAUUUUCCAUUAUCGCAGCAUUCAGACACAGAGGUGGAGUGAGAGUUCAUAAAAUAUAUAUGAACUUCCUCGCCUUCAGCCAAAGCCCCUGACCCACAAACAUCAUCUACAAAUGUCUCAUUUUUAUCUACUCUCAAAAAUCUGAACCACAAAGAGGAGGGGGGUAUAAAAGGGAAAAGAGAAUGCAUGACCCCACAUGUCUGAGCAUCUUGAAACAAAACCAGACACAUUGUGUAUUUAGUGGAGUCUGUCCCCUUUAAAAACACUUUUUUUUCCUGCUGAUGUCUUGUCACCUGUCAGAGAAGGAGCAUGCGCACUGAGCGGAAGCAGGAGCGACCACAGAGACUGCUGGAGAAGUAAAGCUGGAGGAGGAAAUUAGCGGAAAUGGUUGGUGUCACUUCAAAAUAAAAGCCGUAAACUAUAAAAGCCGUCUUAAUACUACUACAUUUUUUAACCUUUAAUGCAUCCUUCAUGUAGCCAGGAAAGUCACAACAGUAUAAUAUAAAAGUUAAAAGGAGAGUGAAUAAAAGAGAUAAUAAAGUGCAGAAGUAUACAGGCCAUACCAACAAGGUCCUUUCUUUGAAUAUGUUUCUAUCAUGACAGAAAUAGUAGUAGUAAUAAUAGUUAUACAGUGCUUAAAACCAGAGUACAAAGUGAUUUACAAAUAAAACACAAGCUAGAAACAUAGAAACAUACCAAUAUUUGUGGCAAUUGAAUUUUUGCCAAAUAGAUUUUGAUUUAAUUCCUCUUAAACGCAUGUUCGAGAUAAAGUCGUGUUUGCUGGCUGCAGGUUAAUGCACUGAAAGUCGUUAUUAACUAGACGUGUAUUUUGUCAACUCUACCGGAAACCACCAUUUAUGGCUGUGCGCGCUUGUACGAACCAGGGGGAGCUCAUCAUCACGGAAAACUGUGGUGACUGGCGAGCAGCUGCAGAGAUGAUGCGCGACACAGAAACGGAGGAAAAAAACAAGGAGAAACCAAGGGAAUGGAGAGAAGGGCCAAGGAAAUGAAGUAACCCCCGGAAAGAAACCAUAAUCUGAGAUGCUCCGACGCACCGAGGAACGCCGUGUCCGCCGCGCGCUUUGGAGAUAAAAACGCGAACAGCUCGGAUCGUGCAUUGAUCCGGAGAGUCGAGCGAGAGGAGGGAACGGGAGGGGUCGAUCAUGGGGAACGAAGCGAGUCUGGAAGGAGGCGAAGGGCCGCCGUGCGGGCUGCCGGAGGGACUCGCACCUGACGGGAAGGGGGGAUUCGUGCGUGUCUCCGAUGGCGCCCCGGUCAACCUGGCUGAACUCAGCGAGGAGGAGAGGAGGCUGCUCGCCGCGGCGAUGUCAAGGGCGCAGGGCAGGCAGCCUGGAGGCGCAGCGGCUGCGCGAAGACCUUCAGAAUCUGAUGCUCAGCAACGAUCCCCUCAGGCAGGGGCCUCCAGGGGCCCGACAGGUCUCAGUAAGAGCCGAACUGUAGACGCUUUCAACCAGGGUCCCCCUGGCAAGCCAGCACCGGGCCGUAGCCCUUCAUCACUCAGCCUUUUUGAAUCCCGAUUCCGGCAGGAUCCAAAAGACGCUGAGACCAAGUCAUCCGGCAUGUUUGGCUCCAGCUUCCUCAGUGGGGCCAACCCCCUCAGUGCCAUGACGUCCUCCAUGUCCUCGUCCAUAUCCUCUAUGGGCGAUGCUGUCAACAUACCCAAGUUUGGAUUGUUUGGGGAUGAGGAGGAGGGAACUGCAUCUACAGGACCUGAUUCUAAGCAGGGAGGAAAGCCACCAGGGAAGGGCCCUCAGCAGGGGCAAGGUCCAAAGGGGCCACAACAGGGAGGACCCCAGAAAGGUCAAGCCUCUCCUGGGCAGGGGCCAAAGCCGGGUCAAGGACCCAAGCAAGGUCAGGCACCUCCAGCCCAGGGGCCCAAAUCAGGCCAGGGUCCCCCUGGACAAGGACCACCUGGGCAGGCUCCCAGGCAAGGUCAGGGACCACCUGGCCAAGGACCCCUUGGGCAACAGGGCCCCAAACCAGGUCAAGGACCACCAGGUCCUGGUGCCAAACAAGGUGGUCCUCCCCUGCAAAAAAGUGGCCCCCCGCAGCAAGGAACAGGGAAGCCUGGACCCAAGCAGCAAGGGCCACCAGGCCCUGGGGCUCAUCCUGGUGAGCCACCUAAAAGUGGAGGGGGACUCUGUCCUCUGUGUAAGACCACGCAGCUUAACGCUGGAUCAAAGGAGCCUCCAAAUUACAGUAACUGCACGGAGUGUAAAAGCCAGGUCUGCAGCCUCUGUGGGUUCAGCCCUCCAGACUCAGCGGGCAAAGAGUGGCUGUGUCUGAACUGCCAGAUGCAGCGGGCGAUGGGUGGCAUGGAUCCUCCUGGUAUAACGAAGCCCAAACAAAGCUCCACCCCUCCCUCACCUCAGAGACAGGCACCCGGGAAGCCUGGCAAACUGUUGAUAAAGCAGCAGAGUACCAGCGACCAAUCGCUAACACCACCAACCACGCCAAAGCAGAAAUCCCCAGGUCCUACGUCUCCAGGCUCCUCAGUAGGAUCACCAAGAAUUGACCCCAAAACAGGUCGCCCCAUUCAGCAGAAGUCAACUCCCCAGCAGUCUCCAGCUAAAGCCAAACAGGAGUCAAGCUUCUUUGGAGGGUUAGGUGGUAUCAGUUUGGGAGGCCUGACUGAUGCAGCUAAACCUCCUGCAGCUGCUUCUCAAGGUGCCGAUUCUGUGACGGGGAAACUCUUUGGCGGUUUUGGUGGUUUGAUGGAAUCGUCAAAGCCACAAGAAAAGGCUCCACCGAAGCAGGAGGAGUCGGUGGCUGGGAAGUUGUUUGGAGGUUUUGGAGGGUUGACAGAAACCAAGUCCCCAGCUGCUGCUUCUCAGAUGUUCAGCUUCGGAUCAUCCUUCCUGAGCUCAGCCACCAGUCUUGUCACCGGAGAAGACGCAAAGGUGGAGGAUUCUCCUCCAGACUCCCCUGCCGACUCUGGACCAGGUUCACCUCCUGAUUCCCCCUUCUCAGCCCCCGGAUCACCCCCUGAUUCUGAUUCUGCUCCUGACACCCCACCGGCCAAAUCCAAGAAACCUCCCAGAACCUUGUCUGUGGAGCAGAAGGUCCCAGAAGCCCCAGCCUCAACAACCAAGGAAAGCUGCCCUCUGUGUAAUGUGGAGCUGAACAUUGGAUCAUCAGAAGCACCAAACCACAGCUUCUGCACCGAGUGCAAGAAGACAGUGUGCAAUCUGUGUGGAUUCAAUCCUACACCCCACUUAGGAGAGAAAGAAUGGCUUUGCCUCAACUGCCAGACACAAAGAGCCAUGUCAGGCCAGCUGGGAGACGUGCCACCUGCCUCCAUGGCAUCCCCAAAGGAGCAGCCACAGGCUCCCACUCCUGCACCCUCUACCACCCCUGCCCCUGCUGCUGUAGAUAGCAAACCUGUAGUAGCAGCAGAACAAACCCCACCAGUUCCUGAGUCCAAGGUAGUUCCCACAACCCUUCCCACACCCGAUCAUGAUGCUUCUCUUCCCGUUAGUGCCUCUCCUCCUGAAAGUACCGCUCAGGAAAAUCCACAAUCAAGUAAAAUAAAUCAACCCCUAGCAGCUGAAUCAGUGUCAGAACCUGUAAUUAAUCCUGAACCAGAAGCUCCAAUUUCAGAAAGUGCAGCUCAGAGUAUUCCUGCAAUUCCAUCAGUCGAGAAACAGGAAAACGACUCCGAGAAAAAAGCAGCGAGCCAAGCUAAACUUGAGACAGAGAAAUUGAAUUCUGAGCUACAAAAUGCAACUGUCAGUGAAAGCGCAGUAGUUCAGCCACAGAGUAGCACUAUAAAAAUGGAAGGAGGCCAUUAUGACUUUAAAAUUGAGCCAUCGAAUGUUAAACAAGAAGCACAGGCUGCACCUGUCAGUGAUAUCCCAGCAGUUCAGCAGCAAGAGAAUAUUUCUCUGAUUGGAAGACCUGACAUAUCUCUCCCUUCAUCACAUGAGCCUCAAAAUCUAUUGACUACUCCAUGUUUAGACAAGACAUCAGUACCUGCUGUGGUAGAAACUGACCCAAAUACCAACAUUUAUUAUAGUGAGGCUGCAGCUCCCCUGACACACAAUAAAAAAGUGGAGCCCAGUGCAGAGAAGUUUGAAGAAGGGACAACAAACUCCGUUGAGCCAAAGCCUGUCUUGGUCCUAAAAGCAGUCGCACAGGAUGUUUCAAUUUGCCUCGACUCAAAGUCAGACUCUACACCCACAAGCGCAAAAGAGGAGAAAAUAAUCGAGUCAGGGCUCGGGAAGCCAACUGAGAUUUCUCAGAUAGAGAAACCCCAAGCUAUUCCUGCAGUGACAACUGACACUGCUUUCGACGAGGAGCAAACUGGUGUCACUGAAAAGCCUGUUGAGUGCUGUAAACCUGAUGAGGCCCUGCAUGACUUCAUACAAGAGCCAGAAAAAGGCAGAGAAUCUGAAAGUUCUCCAAUAGUGACAGAAAAACAUCCAGUCUCUGAGGAAGACACUCGUGAGAAGUCCAGCGAGGAAACAAUAAAGGACGCCGCUGAAGAAACAAAUACUGUAGAGGAAGUUAUUAAAAAAGAAGCUAUAGAAGAGAGGACUACAGAGGAGACAGGCUCUGAGAUUAAAUUAUGUAAUAGCAACGCUUUGGAAGAUGAGGAGGAUCUGAAAAAUGUAACUGCAGAGAGGGCCACAGGGGUAAAAGCUGAUAAAGGGAAAUCUUGUGAAGAAGGGGGACUUGAACAGGACACAGCUGAAAAAGCAAAUGAUGAGAAGUCUCUAACACUAGAGGUUAACGAAGCAGAAACAAGUCCAACGCUUUGCUUUACCAAAGCAGACAAAGUAUGUCCUGAAAUUGAGAAAAUAGAGAUACCUAUACAUAAAAAGAUAGAACCAGAAGCAAACUAUGCAUCAUCAACUGCCAAGGAAAGUAUCGGUGAGACAGUAGCACUGCAAGAGGUUAUAGCACAGAAAGAUGAAAAGCAAACACCAAUAGAUGGCGUAGUGAAAGCAAAUAAUGAGUCUGAGAGAGCAGUCGUUAUGACUCUUCAACCAUGUCCUGAUUUCGAAAUGCAAGAAAUGGUCAGUGUCUCGGAGUCGGUGCAAAGUGCAGAGAUGGAUUUGGCCUCAGCUGUUAGUGACACUAACAUAAACAUAGAAACUUUGCCACUGACGGGCAGUGAUGAGACUGUGCUGUCAGUCAAAGAAAAUGAACCAGACAUUGACAAAAAAGAAAGCGAAUCACAACCUGCUACUGGCAACAUCCAAGAAAAUAUUUGUUCAUCAGAGGCUGGCAGAGUCUGCGACAAAGACUCAACGGCACUGUCUGAUGUAGGAGAGAAUGCAAAAUCAAAGAAUGAAAUACCACAGACUGAUGUUGAAUGUGGAGGUGCGUCUGUAGUUGCUUCAGUCCCUGUAGCGCCGCUUGAAAUUCCAAUCUCUGUAGUUAGUGAGCAAAACACAAACAAAGACAGCACUAAUAUGGAGGAGGCCUUGUUCGGCCUCUUGGAAAAGCCCAGUGAUGGAGAUGCAGUUCCUGAGUUAAAAACGCUGGAGCCUGGAGAAAAACAAACGGCUCCGACGGCGGGCAGUCCCACCAGCCCAUCAGACAUAGCGAAGCUGGAAAAUACAGUCCUUCCCAUUCUCGAGGCAAAGACAAGCACCCAACCCAAGGAUGAGGAAGAGAAACUAACAAGCACUCUCAAGACGAGACGUAAAAUAGAGGUGGUUCCUCUCUCGCCUGACUCACCCAGCUCAGAAGAUGACAGGGAACUUUUUGAUAAGAAUACCAAAGCUACUACAAAGAAAAAGCUCCUUGUGCCCAUGGAUUUAAAAGCAGAUUCUUUGGACGACAGCAGUGAAAGCUACGAAAAAGGAAGUCCACUGUCUGGGGACGAUGAGGAAUUUAUCCGAAAACAGAUCAUAGAAAUGAGCGAGAAUGAGGACGCUUCCCCCUCUGACGAAGAAAACCUGAUCCGACGAAAGAUCAGAGAGAAUGAAAAGAAACAAAUGGAACAGGAGACAACAGAGUCCGUAGAAAGGAGCGCAUCAGGAAAAGCCAGACGACUAACCAAGAAAAGCAGUAUCAGUCCUGAUGAUGGAGAAGACAAGAAACUCAUUGGUUUAUUGGAGAAAACAGAUGGACCAGAGAUAAAAGCGGAGGAAAAUCAAAGGGGUACGGCAGUUCGCAAAUUCCAAAAUAUGGAGCUAAAUGCAACCAGUGAAACCACUGAAAGAGAGCCUGAAAUGGAAUGCCUCACAGACUCUCCAGAUGAUAGGUCCAGGGGUGAGGGGUCAUCCAGUCUACAUGCAUCUAGCUUCACACCUGGGACAUCCCCAACAUCCAUGUCAUCACUGGAUGAAGACAGUGACAGCAGCAGUCCCAGUCGUAUCCGUUCUGAUGAGGGUAAACAACACAGGAAAGCCAAACACAGACAACCCGGUCAAAUGUUGCCAACUAUUGAAGACUCUUCUGAGGAGGAAGAAUUACGGGAGGAAGAGGAUCUGCUUAGGGAACAAGAAAAACAGAGGAGCUCAGCAAAAAAAUCCAAAAAAGACAAAGAAGAGAUUCGAGGCCAGAGAAGGCGAGAGCGCUCCAAGACACCACCAAGCAAUCUGUCCCCAAUUGAAGAUGCCUCACCCACCGAAGAACUGAGACAAGAAGCAGAAAUGGAGGAGAUCAGACGAUCAUCCUGCUCGGAUUUCUCCCCUAGUAUUGACUCAGAUCCUGAAGGGUUUGAAAUAUAUGCUGCAAAGAUUGCAGCUGUUCAGAAAACAUAUAAACUGCCUACAUCAGUAUCUCUCCAUUCCCCAACAGAUGAUCAAAAUACUGACAAACAGAAAAAAACUCUUAAAUCUGCUGAUGAGGCUUAUGAGGAAAUCAUACUGAGAGCUAAGUCUCCAACAUUUGACACAGGUGAAAUUCAAUCAGAAAAGGAGUCCCUUUAUGGAGGCAUGCUCAUUGAAGACUAUGCAUAUGCGUCUCUGAUUGACAAUUCAACUGCUGAUUUGGAAGAGUCCGAGAAAAUGAUUGUUCCUGCUCAGCCCAAAAAGCUGAGAUCACCUGAUGAAGUGUAUGAAGACAUGAUAAAAAAGAGGAAGGAAUUCAUGCAGCUAGAGCAAGAAUAUCAAAAUAUGCAGCCCACACAGAAAAGCAGUAAUCCAGAAAUCGUGUUACAAUCAGCUGAAAAUAUGUUCUCUAAAAGCAGUGAAGUAACCCUUAGCAAAGAUGGAAAACCCCUGUUGGAUGCUGAGGCUGCUUAUGAAGAGCUUAUGAAAAGAGUUCUGACUCCAGGUACAAGUCCAACUCAGCAGGAGGGAGUGGAAGCCAGUGAAUCUAGACUAGCACUCCACCCCAUCCCAGACUUAAAGGUGACACAGUGCUCUUCAGGAGAGGUGUCCUCUGAUGACGAGUACAUAGUUAAAAGGGAGGAGAGCACAACUGCAGAACCAGACAUGACAUCAGUUAAAGAAACUGAACAUGUUACAGUAUUUUCUGAAUCUCCAUCAUCAACAAAUCAGCAACCUCACCCUACAAUCACACAAUCCCAGGUUGAUAUUAUGGACUUAUCUAGUCCUCUCUCAAAAAUGUCAAACCCAGUGAUUGUGAAUGUAUCACCAUUGUCCACAGUCCCCCAGUACACACCCAGUAUUUCAAGUGUAGUGUCAACUGCCCCGCCUGUGCCCCCUAAGCCAAGUGUACUGUGUAGGGCUAAUUCUCAGGAAAAUGCAGAUGUACCACUGCCUCCUCCCACACCACCAAAACCCACAGUUUUUCCCAGAAAACCCCCAGUUCCACUUCCACCUCAGGCUUCAGCAGCUCCUAUCGUAUCAGAGACAGUGGUCAUGACUUCAGCCCAAGGACCGUCCACGAGACAAGCAGUUAUACCAACAUACAAACCUCAUGUUCCCCCUCCCGUUCCCCCAAAGCCAUCAAUUUCUACUGGGGGUGGUGAAAGCCACAGGCCAGGACAUGGUGUCAAACCACCAAUUGCACCAAAGCCUGCCUCACAGCCUUCUUCACCUGCCCAUGCUCCACAUUCACCAAGACCCACUGCACUUCCUACUGGCACUACUACUACUGACAUAGUUCUGAAUCUGGGCCCCUCCUGUGAAAGCAAGCCAUUUCAACCCUCACCAAAGUCUCCUUCUUCUCCAAGGUAUGCCAGCAGUCUCCGUGACACAUAUGUGGUGAUCACACUGCCAUCUCAGCCAAGCUCUCCAGUCGAAGGUAUCUCAACUCAAGCUCCCUCUGGCUUUGACCCAGAAUCCCCUUUACAUCAAACUCCGCCCCAAGGUUAUAAUCUAGCACAGCAUCAACCUCAAUCAUUUCCACAGCCGAAUCCACCGACAACCAUUGCUCAAACAACGAGGGUGCCUCUUGCGUACACACGAGUCACAGAGUCUAUUGAAAAUCAAGAGAUUUGUAACUCAGACAAACAUAUAUCUAGCUCUUGUCACAUAAUUGAAGCUAUAUCUGCCUCAGCUCAGCCGCCUGUUGUUAUGCCUAACCUCAUCUCUCAAGUAGUCACCACAGAGGUCCAAAGGACAACUGUAUCUGUUGUUCAUGAAAGGACGCCACCACCAGUGCCAGCUCCAAGGGCAAAUGGUAUACCAAUAUCCUUGGAGAAACCUAAGCCCCAACCGCCCGCACAGAAUGGACAGUCACUCCAACCUUCUGAUGUGGUAGAUCUUAGGACUAUGAAAGUGGACCCAGAAUCAAACUUCAAUGGUGUGGACCUGUCCACUGGCCCAGACUCAAGACAUCAGUCCUCUGUGGCUGAUGUCAGUCGUCAGAACAGUGCCGUGCAGUCGCCUGUGGUCAACCUCAGUGCUGACUCAUCUACUGUUUCUAUCGUGACUGAUAGCAUCACCAUUGUGACCUGUUCUGCAACAAUUCAGCAUUGUGACAAUACAGACACCUCUCAAGCAUCUUCAGUUCCCCUUCAGCUGACAAAAAAUAAAGUGUUUGAACCUGUUUCUCAGAUUAUAUACCGGCCAAUUGAUUCUCAGCCCUCCACACAUGUCAGUACAGAGAUCCCCAUUAACCUCACGGUAGGCUCAAGUACAUGUGUAGGAACUUUCCAUACCAAUCCUGUCACAAUUGCACCGACUUGUGUCGCAAGUUGUGUCGCCAAUGGAUUAACAACAGGUACAGCCAUAAUAGCCGGAGCUGUUGACCUUAGCACCACAAAACCAUUCGGCACUAUGGUAUCAGUUGAAGGUUUGUCGGCCGAAGUGGUCACAGCUGUAAUCACAGAUGAUGAUGGAAAGCCAGUGGAUCUCACAGCAGGAAAAAGAGCUGUAUGCUGUGAUGUUGUGUAUAAGCUCCCAUUUGCUGGAAGCUGUGCUACCCAGCAACCUACUACACCUCUGCCAGAAGACCGCUUUGGAUAUCGUGACGACCAUUACCAGUAUGACCGAUCACCGUAUGGAAUGAGAGGGUUUGGUGGAAUUAAACCAUCAAUGUCAGACACUAACCUAGCAGAAGCUGGCCUGUUCUUGUAUAAGAGUAAGAACAGCUAUAAUUUCAGUGGCACCACUGAGGGUGCAGUAGAUCUUACCUCGACAAAGAUAUCUGAUGCAGGUGAAGCUGUUGACUACUCCAAGAAAGGGACAUACACAGGAAUGACAAUUCCACCCUAUUCUCAAGCUGGAGUUACAAGUGCUGUUGGUACACUCUUUGGUACAAGCAGUGUAUUGAGGUCUUCAAACGGGGUGGUCUAUUCCUCUGUUGCAGCACCAAUACCAUCUACAUAUGCCAUUACCACUCAACCUGGCUCCAUCUUUAGUACAACAUACAACACCCUGUCAGGUAUGCAUACCAGCGACACAAUGCCAUCACUGUCCAACCUCAAGAACUUGCCACUUACACGGUCCCACAGUUUCCUGUCUACUAUCUCCACUGCUGAUACAGAAGAACAAGGAGAUGCCCCGCUAAAUCUAGAAAUAUCUAGAGGAGGUACAACUGCUGGCAGUUUGGUCACCAGGGCAAAUUCUUUGUCCCUUGACACUUACACUGAUGCAUCCCUGGAGGCUAUAGCUGCUUCACUGGAAGCUCUGUCUUCACCCAUGGUCCCAGGGGAUGGCCAAUAUCAGGCAGAACGUGAGAGGUUAGAGAUGGAGAAACUCAAGCAACAAUGCCUGGCAGAGGAAUUGGAGAGGGAGCGCCAGGAGAUUCAGCGGUUUCGUGAGCAAGAACAGCUCCUGGUACAAAAAGAAUUGGAGGAGCUGCAGGCCAUGAAGCAGCACAUUUUGACUCAACAGGAAGAAGAAAGACAGGCUCAUCUCAUGAUGCAAAAAGAAACAUAUGCCCAACAACAACAGCAGCUUGAACAAAUUCAAAGACUACAAGAGCAAUUACGUUUACAAUUGGAAGAGCAAAAGUUUCAUCAGUUGUACCCAGCUGGGGACAUACAAGGGCAUGGCUUUCAGGAGGCACUUGUCCUCGGACCUGAUGGCACAGUGCUGUCCAGAAAAAUCACAGACAGUGGUUGCCAGACAGAUGAAGAGGAUGAUACAGUGAGCAAAGCCUAUGCAGCAGGAAGGAAAAAGAAAAGCGCUAAAAAGAGUGUUGACAGCUGUGUGCAAACGGAUGAUGAGGAUCAAGAAGAGUGGGAAGCUCAGACCAGAAGUCGACAAAGCAGGCCGCGAACGGCCAGGGGUGAUAGGGGAGGGCAGUCAGAGAUGUCUCUUCAAGCCCAUACUGAAAUAUCUAUUCAAACAGAUACAGAGGGCAACAUUAGAAUGGACACCAGGAUGGAACUGUCUGACUCUGAAAGGACCUCACCAAAGAAACGCCCUUCACCGUUAGAUAUAGGCCAGUCUCCUAACCUCAAUGUUGAUUCCUCUUCUCUUCAUGCCCCUCUUAAAUCUCCAAAAGUACUCUAUUCCCCUGUAUCACCAUGUUUAUCCCCUAGCAAAUCCCUCGAGUUUGUUUCGUGUGAGACCAGCCCACAAAAGCUAAGAGGAGGUGCAGAGACAUUGAAAGCCUCUCCGGGUAGUCCUAGGGGGCCCAAAACAAUGCAGAGAUCCAUGUCUGAUCCAAAGCCAAUGAGUCCAACAGGAGAAGAGAAUGCAAUAUCUGGCACCCAGUGUGGUGAUGGCUUCACUGGCAAAGGCUCUGGUGGCACACCAACAGGCACUCAAAAGAAGGUGAAGAGGACUCUCCCCAAUCCACCAUCAGAGGAUGAGUCAACAACCACUGGCCAGACGGCAUACACCACUGGUUCUGCCCGCCGAAGAAUGUGCCGCAACUCCAACAUGGCACGUGCAAAGAUCCUACAAGACAUUGAUCGGGAACUAAAUAUGGUGGAGCGCGAGUCUUCCAAGCUCCGCAAAAGGCAGGCAGAGCUAGACGAGGAGGAGAAAGAGAUUGAUGCCAAGCUCAGGUAUUUGGAGAUGGGCAUCAAUCGCAGGAAAGAUGCACUGCUGAAAGAGAGAGAGAAAAGAGAACGGGCGUAUUUACAGAGUGUUGCUGAAGACAGAGAUUACAUGUCAGACAGUGAAGUUAGUAACAUCAGAGAGGCUAGAGGUGGGCGUGGAGGUGGUGAAGAUGAGGAGAUUGAAAGCCACGGUCUGGAAAGGCCCAGGACAGCUCCUCAGACAGAUUUGGAUGACUUUGUUCCACCUCAAACCAAGCACGAGUAUGAAAAAUACUCCCAGUAUCAAUACCCUCAAAGCCAGUACCAGACUCUUUACCAGACUCCCCAGUCCUACCAGUCUCAUUCCAUCUAUUCCUCUGUCCCCUCACUCACUAGUUCCCAGCAGCAGAGUUAUCAUCAAAUGCUGCUGUUGCAGCAAAAAGCUGCCAGACAAGCAGCCCUCCUCUCAGAGCUGGAUGCAACAAAAUAUGAAGUCAUUAGUCGCCAACCUGAUGCCACAUCAUCCGCUUACUUGGGAGUAAAGUAUGACAAAUAUGGCAACCAUCUUGACCUCAGAGCCUUGGAAGUUGGAAGUAUAGCAAGUAGCCCCAUGUCAGCUGUCUCUGAUUCCUAUUACACAGAUGUAGAUCAUCACACACCUCGGAGUUAUAUGCUGUUGGAGGAUGCCGCAGAGCUAGCUAAGAGUUCAACAGGUCUGUCUUCAUCAUAUAGUCUGGCGGAGAGGGAGCUAGCUAAGGCAGAGAAGCUGCUGCGAAGGAGUGCUGCGGAUUUGGGGUCGACUGAUUAUCUGGGAUCCAACUCCAGGCUCCAUACUUAUGGAAAGACCCCUGAUGAAGAGGAUACAAUGGAAGAACCAUAUGAACUGAAACUGCUAAAGCAGCAGCUCAAACAAGAGUUUAGGAGAAGUACGGGCGGGACAGAAAACUUAGAACAACUGACAGGUCUGUCCCAGCACUACUAUACCCCAAGCACUGGCAUCUCCAGUUACUCCCAAAGACAAUAUCCAAAGCUGGAAAAGUAUAGCAUCAGUCGACUUACUCUUGAGAAGCAAGCUGCGAAACAACUCCCAGCAUCUAUGUUGUACCAAAAGCAAAAGACUCCACUCUUAGAACCCAAAAUAUCCUCCAAGUACUCCUCCGUUACAGACAGCAGAGGUCUGGAAACAGACUAUACAAGUUAUCUGGGGUCUACCAGUGCAUCUCCAAGAUCCAGUCGGCUUAUGCAGGAUGAGAUUACCUUUGGUCUCCGUAAGAAUAUUGCUGAGCAGCAAAAAUACCUUGGGUCAACCUUGGGUGCCAACUUGGCUGGAUCACUUAAUUUGGGCCAGAGCUUGGGUUUGGACUCCGCUUAUCCCAGUGGUAGUCGCUCAAGACCCGCGUCAAGGCCUACGUCUUGCUACGGCUUGGACUUGUCUCUCAAAAGGGACCCUUCCAGCUCUUCACUGAGGCUUAAAGGGGAUGGAGAAUCAUCAGGAGAUAUACCAAGUUUCCAAACACCUUCUGGUCGCACCAAACCCACAAGCCUUCCUAUUGUGCAAAGCGGACGUGGCCGAAUACCCAUCGUGGCCCAGAACUCAGAGGAAGAGAGUCCCUUGAGCCCUGUUGGUCAACCUAUGGGCAUGGCCCGUGCAUCAGCAGGACCUCUGCCACCCAUCUCAGCUGAUUCAAGGGACCAGUUUGGGUCUUGCCUGUCUCUGCAGGACUCCCAGCAACAGCAGCAUAAUAGGGAGGAGCCAACAAGGGGUAGGGGUUAUGUACUUCUGGAUGAUCUUCAGGGCAACAUGUCAGAUAGCGAAGCCCUAAGUGAUUCCCUGAUGGCUUUGAACAGAGAUGAUGCAACCCAUGCCUACCACCUUAGACGAGAAGAGACGGACUGGUUCGACAAACCAAGGAAUGGACGCGUGGAGAACGGACAAGACAAGAGACAGGGAAAAGUCCCACACUACCCCUUCCCUCACCUCAGGGUCAAACUGCAGAGGGAUCCCAAAGACCGCAGUGUCUCAGGAAAUGGUCUGGGAAUCCGUGUGGUCGGAGGGAAAGAGGUCCCCGGCAGUAACGGAGCCAUUGGAGCAUAUGUUGCCAAAGUCCUACCUGGUGGAGCUGCAGAGCAAACAGGAAAGAUUCUUGAAGGAAUGCAAGUCCUGGAGUGGAAUGGUGUUCUGCUGACGGGGAAAACGUAUGAAGAAGUACAGGGGCUUGUUGGACAGCCGUGUAAUGAUGCAGAAUUGUGUGUCCGACUGGAUCUCAACAUGCUUGCCGAGUCUGAGGGUUCCCAGCAGCUGGAUUACCAGGACCACAGCAAAAGUGACAGACCUCCCAGGUCUCCCGGCGUUGAUCCUAAGCAGCUGGCGGCGGAGCUGCAGAAAGUGUCACAGCAGCAGGCUCCCACGUCCACCUCCUCCUCAGGUCAGGUAACCACCUCCACCACCUCCAGUCCCGCUCAGCCCGGAUCACCGUCCGUCAGCAAGAAGCGCCACAGCAGCAAGACUGCAGAGGGAACAAAGACUCCGUCCUACCCCAUCUCUGGAGAGAUACAGCUUCAAAUCCACUAUGACAAGCAACUUGGAAACCUGAUCGUUCACGUCCUUCAGGCCAGAAAUCUCGCCCCGCGGGACAACAACGGCUACUCUGACCCAUUUGUUAAAGUGUAUCUCCUGCCAGGGAGAGGUCAGGUCAUGGUUGUCCAGAAUGCCAGUGCUGAGAACAAGAGGAGGUCCAAGCACGCGGGCAAGAGUCUCAACCCCGAGUGGAACCAGACUGUCAUCUAUAAGAACAUCCAUCUGGAACAGCUGAGGAAGAAGACGCUGGAGGUGAGCGUGUGGGACUACGACAAGUGCUCUUCUAAUGAUUUCUUAGGCGAGGUCCUCAUCGAUCUGUCCAACACGACCCAGCUGGACAACACGCCGCGGUGGCUACCGCUGAAGGAGCAGAGCGAGGGCGACCACCACCGGCGCUCCCACUCGAGCCAGGGCCGACACGGCUCCUCCAAACCGCCGUCGCAGCACUCCUCCCCCAAAACCACCGGCUCCUCUCACCAGGACAACCAGGAUUCCCCGAAGUCGUCCGUCAUCAAGAGUCGAAGCCACGGUGUUUUUCCAGAUCCAGCGAAGGACAUGCAGGUGCCCACUAUCGAGAAAUCUCACAGUAGCCCCGGCACAUCGAAGCCUUCCCUGUCCGAGGGCCAGAGCCAGAGCCACAGCCACGGACACGGCCAGCACUCGCGCUCGCACGGCGCUUCGCGCUCCGGCAAAAGCGCAGCGCUGCGGCAACACCGCCAGGACGGCGGCACUGGAAGCGGCGGAGGCGCUGCCAUAGCGACGGGCGAUGCCCCACAGCAGUCACAGCCGCCGCAACGCCUCCAACCAAGCCAAAGAGGCCGCAUCUCACUGACGCACCAGAGACACAGCGUUGUGGGUGUGCUCACCAUUCAGAGAGCCCAGCCCGAUUGGCUGCCGGCGCUGCCAUCAGCCGCGUCGGCCAAUGGGAGCCGGUCAGACGGCAGACACCUGACCCUCAGGAAAGCCGUGUCAGAAGAGAGGCCGCAGAGCACCGGAGCUCGUUCAGGCUACAGAUCCGGCGACGUCCCCGUCACCGCGGCCUCGUUGGACAGCGGGCUGAGCGGCAGCGCCUACAGCUUGUUGGACGAAGACGCAGACAUGAACGAAGUGGACAGUGCCAUCUUCCAGGUGCCACGAUUUGGAAAGAUUCCCAACGGCACUGACGUUAUGAAAUCAUCAGUGGGACACAGUGACGCGGAAGGUAAAUCUCAGAUCAUGGGUGAGAUAAAGAUCGCUCUGAAGAAAGAGGUGAAGACGGAGGGUGAGCACCUGGUCCUUGAGAUUCUGCAGUGUCGCAACAUCACCUACAAGUUCAAGACUCCAGACCACCUGCCCGAUCUGUAUGUGAAGCUCUACGUGGUGAAUAUCGCCACCCAGAAAAGAAUCAUCAAGAAAAAGACCAGAGUGUGUCGACACGACCGCGAACCGUCCUUCAACGAGACCUUCCGCUUCUGUAUGAACCCCACUGGACACGCUCUUCAGCUGUUCCUGGUUUCCAACGGUGGCAAGUUCAUGAAGAAGACGCUGAUCGGUGAAGCCUAUGUUUGGCUGGACAAGGUGGACCUUCGUAAGCGAGUGGUGAGCUGGCACAAGCUGCUCGCCAGCACCGCCCAGAUCCAUUCGUAGACGACGACGACGACGACGACGAAGAAGAAGAAGAAGAAGAAGACGUUGAACAUUUGUGGUGAAGGCUGCGCAAAGUUCACGCCGGAGCAGAAAAAUGUGUCUUUAUUCCAAUCUUUGUUUCAGGCCUUGAGCAGCUUUUGAAGGUGAAACCAAAACGACACAAACAGAGAGCUGUGGUGGGGAUGAUGGUGGUGAUGAUGAUGGUGAUGAUGAUACAGAGUUCAUGAGUUCACAGGACAUGAACACAUGACGUUUACAGUGAACGGACGUCAGAGCGCGACGAGCGGGGCGAGGCGUUCAGAGGUUACGUGCGGAAUCAACCAGGUAUUAACACACUUUUUAAUCCACACACACACACACACACACACUUUCAUACACACACACACGGUUAUUUACACCUUUUUGCACAUCAUCGUCGUCAUCAUCGCUCGCACAGCAGAUUAAUUAUUUACUUGUCAUGGAAAACAAGAUUUAAUUUUGAUUUUCUCAUUGCUUUAUUAUGACCUGCAGAGUUUUAUUCAUUUACUGGAGAAUGAAAUAUUAAAAAAAAAAAAAGACCUCUUAUUUAUUUUUAUAUUACGAUAUUAGUACAGAGUUCUAUCAGUUGUCUUAUCCUGGAUUAUUUAAAAACAAUGCUGGCAUAGUAUAUUUAAAAAAAAACACACACUGACUACCAUUCCAGUGCAAGAGGGAAACAGAGAGCAUGUUUUAACCCCCCUUUGUUUUGUUUUUGACCAUAAAUUCUAUCAAAUUAUUGUCUCUAGGUAUUGUGCGCAUGACUCUGUGUGUUUGGAAUGCAGUGCACAAAGUGUCCUAGCUGGAAAUGAACUAUAACACACGUGUAUAUAGAUAUAGAUAUAGAUAUAUAUAGAUAUCUUUAUCGACGACAAUCCAGUCUUACCGAUUACGUGACAUAGAGGAUUUUAUUUAUUCACGCCCCCUAGAUUGUAAAACACUUAUUUAUGGAUUGAUUGAUUUAUGAGAUCUAAAAAGCACAUGAUCAUGUCUUUUAUUGUCCGGAGUCCGGAGCGGUCGACUCAGUGUUGCACGCGUUUCUCGUGGUAUUUUUUGCAUUUUUUUUUUGUCCUUGCCUAGAACGUACAGUACGAGCGUCGUUGUCGUUGUCGUCAUCGUCCUGCUACAAAAAUAAAUAAAUAAAUACAUUUCAAGGUGAUGAAUUAGAGAGUUAUACAGUUAAAAAAAACAAAAAACAAAACCCUCUUUGGUGUUUUUCUGGGGGGUCUAUUUCGAUGGUUCCCGAGUGUCGAGCAGCGGGAAGCAUCUGCGUCAGUCAACUCCAAACUAAAUUGCGUGAUUUCUAUGCAACGUAUGAAGACGGAAACUGCGUCCGUGAGACACUCCGGGGAGAGACGAGGACGUAUAGUAUCGUAUGUAUUGACUUUCCUUUUGCACUGGCGUGUAAACGGUUACUGCUUUAAUAUGAUUUUUUUUUUUUUAUUUAUUCAUGUAUGUAUUUAUUUAUUAACUGUGUCGCCCAUGAGAGACUAUUUCACAUGUUUAAAAUAUAUAUAUAUAUAUAUAUAUAUUAUAUUUGUUUACAGUACAUAUCAGGUAAACUUGUUUUUGUGUUUUUUUUGGUUUCUAUAACACAAUGUAGUGCUUGUUUACAAAGUUUAGAGGGCCUAAAAACUCAGAGAACCGACGCUUACCAACGAAACUACCAAAAUAAAACACUGUAAUCAUGGGACGCUGCACCCGAAAUAACCGCAGGUUUGAGGUCAGUAUGUGUUAUUUUCCUUUCUCUCUCUCUUUUUCAUUUUUUAUAUCCACGCCAAGUUCACGCAUGUCACCUUUUUGACACUUAAGUGAGUAAGAAACACUUAACUUUAAGAAUCUCACACACACACACACACACACACACUUACACAUACAGACACACCAUCUCUCUAUUUCAAACCUUGUAAAUACAUAACUUUUUAUACCGGGGGGUUCGGGGAGCAAUAGGUCUUUUAGCAGACGAUUUAAAAAUAAAAUAAAAAAAAAAAAGAGGCGUGUGAUCAUAGAAGUAACCGGACGUUGUAUUUCUCUGGAUUGUUGUACAGUGGAUAGACUGAGAAACGGCCGUACGUCUGUCUCUAGGGACCCACUUUAACCCAACCCUUUACACCAAACACUAAAGGUUUACCAGAGUCUUAACGACACACACACACAGCUCUUAUCUUAACAGCUCAAGUAGUUGCAGGAGAAUUUAAAUGUGCUCACACUGGAUGUUGCAUGUUUCGUCGGUGGUUCAUACUAUUUUUGUGUCCAGAUAUUACUAAAGAUAGAAAAAAAAAACAACAGAGAGAGAGAGAGAUAGAACAAAAAUGUUACAGAGGGAAGGAAAAACAUAUUUAAAUUAUCCAUGAUGUAUGCUGACUGUACAAAGAUUAUUGCUUGUAAAACCUGGUCUGGUUUUUCCACUUGUAAGUAAACUUGGGGGGGAAAAAAGGACAAAAAAAAAUCUAAUGUCAUGGUUUCGUGAUUGUAUACAGGAGGUAUUGAUAAAUUAUGCAAAUUGUGCUGUAAAAAUGGCUGUUGCCCCAUGUCUAAAUAUUAAAUAUCAGUACAAAUUAA